AUGGCACCAUCCGUGACACGAAGACGAAUACAUGCAUUCAUCGCACCAUUCCUCACAUCAAACACAACCACACUCAUCUACGGCAUCCAUAUCAUCUUCGGCUACUGCACACCCCUCCUCCGCAUCUACCUCUACACCUACCACAUCUUCAGCAAAUAUCUCAACUUCAGCGCAAGGAUCAUCAACAAUCCGUAUUAUUUUAUGUUUGCGAGUCUAGCGAAACCGGAUGAUGAUACGGAGUUGCAUUGGCUGAAAGACGGUCGCACGCGCUGUACAACAGGCUCUGUCGUAUCUUCACUCUACCACCUCAAGGAUACGGAGAACCAGAACCAAGACGCCGGAUUUUUCGUGUUCCCGGAUUUGAGCGUUCGAACCGAGGGGAGUUAUAGGCUGAAGCUGAGUUUAUAUGAAGUUGUUGGGAGCACGGUGAGACAUUGCAAGUCGAUCUUUUCAGCCCCGUUUUAUGUGUACACCGCGAAGAAGUUCCCGGGCAUGGAGGAGUCCACACCGCUGUCAUGCUCCCUCGCAGAUCAGGGUAUAAAAAUCCGGAUACGCAAAGACAUUCGUGUCAGGAAGCGCCCGAACCCCCAUUUGGAGCACCCAAUCGGGAGUCCCAGUUUACAGCAUGGAACAAUCACGCAUCUUAGUACGACGAACAUCGCUACACCUCACGCUGGGGGGAUGGGAGGAUAUCAACAGCAGCAAGCUGGGUUUUAUCCUCCCCGGGCAGCUGAUGAAGACGAAGACGAGCGACGAAACCCUGCCACCAACACCUCGAACGCGAACACGCACGGGAGUGCUGGGAAUGGCAACGGGGCCAAGUCCGGCGAACGGGAGCCCAAACGUAUGCGAAUGAACGAUCCUCCCUCAUCAAAUGUUGGUGGUAGCGGUGAAGGGGGCGAUGUAGAGAUUCACACGCACGAUACAAGUAUCCCGCCUGUCGGACCUGAUAACGCCAUUCCUCCGCCUCCGAGUAUACCGCCUCCUCCACCUAUGGGAGGCCCUGCUGCCGCCACUGGCGGCGUAGCUACGGGAGCGGCGAGCCAAUCGAUUGGACCCGGCGUGGUCGUGGGCCCGGCUAUUCAUACUGCUUGGCCGCCUGUUGGGCAGCUAGAUCCUGGAGCUUCGACGACUCAAGUCAUCCCUCCGCCUCCUGGCGCGCAGAGAGUUGUUGGAAAUGUGACUGCAGGGGGUGGGGGCGGAAAUGCGGGUACUGGCAAUGGUGGCAGUAGUGGACAAGUUAUACCUCCUCCUCCUGGCGCGACGCAUGUUACUGGAAGCACAUCAUCAAAUACAGGAGCAAGCAAUGGUCCUGGUCCUAUGGUUGGUAUCCAGCAACCGCCAAAUCAACAGCAGAACCAGAAUCAGGUGAACAUUCCACCCCCGCCUGGUGCGCAGAUAGCUGGCCAACAGUCGCAGCCAUCACCAUCAUCGCAACAGGGUCAGCAGCAGCAACCCCCACUCGGUCAGCAGCUUGGUCAACAGCCACUCGUGCAGCAUGGGCAACAGCAAGUCAUGUAUCCAGGGAUGCAAGGUCAUAUGGGUAUGAUGCAGCCUAUGCAUGCGUAUUCGCAACCAGGUGUUUUACAGCCUCCGCCACCUUCAUUGUAUUCUUUACCGCCUCCUCAACAACAUGCGCAUGAUGGGACCGCAAAUGCGAAUUCGAAUUCGGGCCAGCAAACUAACGAAGGCGCGACAAGCGGCAAUACACCAGCGCCCGGGCAGCAGCAACAACCUCAACAACAACCCCAAGCGAUGGGCAUGACGCCUACGGGGACGCCUGGAGGUAUCUACGAUCCUCGAGGAUAUGCUUCGUAUGAUAUGGGCCAACCAGGAUACAUGCAAGGACCUACUACGCCGGGAUCGUAUGUCCCCCCUCCGUAUGGAAUGCACCCUGGGCAUCAAGGCUACGGUCCUCCGCAAGCUUAUGCGGGACACCAGCCAAUGCAUAUGGGGAUGCCGCCGCCUGGCGUUCCAGGUGUAGGAGUAGGGGUUGGGCCUCCACAUCCUAUGCACCAUACGCCAGGGUACAUGCAGUAUCCCGGAGGAUGGGGUGCACCUCCGCCCAUGUACGAUCCUCAUCACGCUCCACCGCCCCCGCAUUAUGCUGGCCAUCCUGGGAUGCCUCCUCAGCAUUACGGCGUACCUCCGCCGCCGCAUGCGAUGGGUGGGCAGAUGCAUGGUGGAUAUGUCCAUCCGCCACCGCCGAUGCAUAGGUACGAUUAUGGGGGCGGGUAUGGGUAUUACGAUCAGAGUCAACAACACCAGCAGGGUGUACCGCCGCCUAGUCAAGGAUCUACGACACCCGGCCAACAACAGCAACAACAAUCGACUGGGUACGCACCUCUGCCUCCUCAACAGCAGCAGCAACAGCAACAGCAACCCUCACAAGGCCAGUCACAGCCGCAGUCGGUGGCUCCGAAUGUGGGGACUUCGGGUUCUCCCGUGGCACCUGGUGCGAACGCCAACGCUUCUGCAUCUUCUUCCACUACUGCAGCGACGACGACGGGAAGCACGACGCUCGGAGGGUCGUCACCUGCACCGCCGCCUAUUCACGGAGGGCCGCCCAAUAUGGGUAUGGGGAGAACACCGAGUUACGUGCAGUCGUAUUACCAUCCACAUCAGCAACAUCCUGCGUAUGGGUACGGGCCUGGGCCGUAUGGACCCCCACACGGCGUGCAUCCUGGAAUGAGUGGGCCGACGCCCGUACAGCAACAGCAGGGCGAGACGAGUGCAGGCGGAGGAGGAGCGCAGGGAGUGACGGCGUGGGGUACGCCGGCGAUGAGUGGUGGCGGUGGAUGGGGAGGGGCAGGUCCUGGCGGAGAGUACGGCGGGGGAGGCGAUCGGAUUCAGUUGCCCCCGAUGAAGACCUCGGCGGGGCAUAGUCAGGGCGGAGGAGGGUUAGGCCCAGCGUCAUUGUUGACCAUGCCGCUGACUUCUCAGCAUGCAAGCUCGGGCGGGGACGGGAACGGUGGGGGCAACGGCGGGGGAUAUCAGACCAUACAGUUGAGGAGCAGCAGUCGCGGCUAUGGCAGGGGUCAGGAUGAGGAUAAAAGCGAGCAUGGACGCCAGCGAUCGGGGAGUUCUAGCUCGAUUGCGGGUGGAAGCGGUGGCGGUGGCGGUGGCGGGGUAGGUGGGGAAGGACAAAGGAAAAAUGUUCUUAGCAUCGAGGGGAUUAUAUCGGAGGAUAAGUGA